GAUAGGUUUUAGUUUCGAGAUGGAGUGAUGGACGUGUCCGUAAUUAUUAAAUCCUUUUUUUAGUUACUUGUAAUGUAUUCAGCACUCUAAUAUUGGCUCUAUAUACCAAUUACGAUUAUGUUAAUUUCGCGUAAAAUUCUGCUUUGUUUAAAUUUACUGCGGAAACAUGGAAGAGGAGCCUAACGAACAUGAGCUAGAGGAGAGGCUGUAUGCUAUGCUGCAUCAUGUGGACGAGACGCAGACGCAAGGGAAUGUAAGCACUGACAGACAAAAUGACGCUGCACGUUUUAUCGAGAAUGCACCUCGGAGCACCGUGCGCCGUUAUUGGCGCACCAGCGCCGACUACUCCACCCAGCACCAAAAGACCGCGUCCAAAGAAACCGCGCCGCCUCCCGCAAACAGAAACCCCACAACAACAAACACUAAUAACAACACAAAACCCAAGCAAGAGAAAUGUAUGGAACCAACAUCAUCUAUCGAUCUGUCACUCUUUCAAUCACCGCCGCAGAUCGUAAAAAAAACCAUUGAAAUACUGGAAGUGGAACCGUACAGUGUUGAACUUGAAAGUAGCGAUGAAGAUGAGGUUAUUGAAGUAGAGCUGCCGCCUAAACCGACCAUCACUAUUGAAAGCUCUGAUGAAGACGAAGUCUGCAUUGUCUCACAACCUGAAACUUCAUCCAAUACAAAUAAGAAAAACAAUACAGCACCAGAAAAUAAUGCUCCUACAGCUGACAGAGCAGUGUCAGCGAGCCCUGUCCCAUCUGUCGUGUCUUCUGUGUCUGAUGAAUUCAUCCGGAGUGACUGCAUAGCUUUGAAUAUAUCCUCUCGGCAUACUGACAACCACAGCUUUGACUUUAGCCUUCACGGAUCUGACCUACUCGGACAAGCCACCCCUUCUAAGAAGAAGAAAAAGAAGAAAUCCAAAGAGGCUGCCACUUCUACUCCUGUGCCUGCGGCUGCAGAUAAAACCUCUACCACCACACCAGAAACAUGCUUUGCAACACCUAAAAGCAAAGCUAAGAAUAAAAAACAAAAGACAAAGUCGUACACUGUGUCAGAGAAGAGUGUACCAAGUGCAGAUGUAUACGAUUCAGACAGCAAUCAGUCCGUAAUAGAGACGGGCAAGGGAACAUAUGUUGUCACAGAGAAAAGUCUACCAAGUGCUGAUGUUUAUGAAUCAGAUUCAAGCUAUUCUGAAAAUGUUAACAAAAGCAAAUCUGUGUCUGGAAAGGCCACUGAAAAUUCAGAUAGUAGUGUUUCAGACAAGCAACAAGACAAAAACGAAACAAAUAACACCAAGCAAAGUGACACAAGUCUGCCCUACACUACUGCAAAUUCUAUUGUGGAUCUAACUGACAGUGAGCAGUUUAUGACUCUGGACAGCACAGGCAUAACUGAUGAUAACAUUAUUAUGGCAAAUGUAUCAGGAUUCCAAGAGCCGAAUAAUGAGGAAUGGUCCUAUAAUGCUCCUAAACUUGGAUCUACCAAAGUCCCACAAAUAUUAUUUGAUAACCUCGACUUUGACAAUCUUAAGGGCAAGGACACAGUAUGCAAACGUAGACGGUACUCUCUUACAACUCUACGAGCUGAAAUGGAAAAAUUCUACAAUGAAAGCUGGGGUGGAGAGGAUUUCAAUCAUCGGGAGAUACAAAAAUACAUGUCACGAGACAAGAGUUUGUGGGUAAUAGACCCCAAAGACAGAAUGCCAGCUUUGUCAAAGAGAAAAAUAACAUGCAACUACUGCAACCGGCCAGGUCACCGCGACGACAACUGCCGCAUGAAGCCGCCGGUGUGCUUCAUGUGCGGCAACACCGGCCACUACGAGCCGCGAUGCCCGAGCAAGAUCUGUGUCAAUUGCGGCUCGCCCAACCACAUGUACUCGACGAUGUGCCGUAACUGCGCGUCGUGGGGCCGCGUGACGUGCGCCGAGUGCGGCCAGGCCGGCCACCCCGCCAGCCAUUGUCCUGACGUGUGGCGCCGGUACCACAACACGCUCGACACCAACAUGCCGCUGGUGGAGAACCGCCAGCUGAAGAAGAACCACCAGCUGUACUGCAGCGGCUGCACGCGGCGCGGUCACCUCGUGCACUCCUGCCGCCUCACGCUGCCCUUCUCCGGCCUGCCCAUCAACUCGCCCUACGUGGCGCUCUACCGCCCCGUCUACCCGCCCCAGCCCCACCCUCCCCCGCGGACCGAAAACAAAAACAAACGCCACUCCAAGUCCCCCACCGUCCACGAGACGCACCUCAACAAAAAGAAGAACAUGACGGUCACCGAUAUCACCGAAACACCCGAAAAAAACGACGAGCGCCCCAGAAAAAACUCCCAGAGCAAGAAUCAGGACGACCCCAAAACGCCGAAGACCGUCGAACCCCCGAAGGAGAAGACCGCCGAGCCCGCGCCCGAUUUCAUUCCGAUCGCGUCGUCGGUGAAUCGCGACAAGCGCGGGCACAUCAUCCAGGACAACGAGGUCACCGACACCAGCGACGUCGUCACGUCCGCGCGCAUCGCCGUCUCCGACGAGAUCGUCGCGCGGCUCAAGGCGCCCGACGGCGCGGCCUGGCUCGAGGAGAACUUGCGGAAGUGCAACAUCACCAUGCAGAACGCUGAAAUCGCUUCGUUCCUGAACAUCAGGGGGAAAAUCGCCGAUCAGGAGGCUUUCCACACGGAACUCAGGGGGUGGUUGAAUCACGGCUCCAACAAAGAAAAUUUUAAUUCUGAUAUCGAGGAGGAAAUCGCGCACGACAUUGAUGAAAAUCCUCAGAAUAACAUACCCAAGAACCGAAAUAACCUGCUUCGUAAACUGACCAAAGCGUUCGAAUCUCUCAACGACGAUCUGGGAGAUCCCAAAGCCAUUUGGAACGAGUUGAACUACUUACAAAACCGACAUGAGUUACUUCUCAAGCAGAAAUCUGUCAGCGCUACACAGUUGAGCAACAACCGAACCCACAUCAAUGAAAUGCUCAAGAAACUGAACAUGGUCCUUUUGGGCCAGGCAGGCCUCGCCGACGGACCGAAACAUUUGAACGAGCUUCAAUCGCUUCAUGAGAAAGUAACGAACUUCAGGCAGAAGAAUGUUUCGAUAGACUUACGCAAAGUGAUAGGGCAACAUUAUCAUACUAUUUUCACUGCUAUCCCCAGAAACGACUACGCCGAGCUCCUGAAAAAGUAUUAUGUAACCAAAAAACAAUUGAAACCGAAAAAAAAUAAGAUGCAGAAGCCACAAGUUGGUGUAAAGAAAAGGAAGAAAAGUAGGAGAGGCUUGACGGGGCCUCCUCAAACUGGUCCUAAUUCCGAGACAAAUGUAAAUGAAGGUGGCAAUUUUGUUACUAUUAACAACGCUCAUUCCAAAAAUGCAAAUUCCGUGAUCGGGGAGCUGGCCCUCUGUCACAAAAAGUUAAUAAAAACGCGGCCAGCGGAUGCAAUCCUCAAGAAGCAGCGAGGAGAGUUGUGCAGAAAAUUACAUAGCUACAUCAGUUCAUGUACUAUGAGAGGGCAGAUUUCUUCUAAAACCUUGAAAAAAGUGAGGAAGAUUCAUCAUCAAGCUCAGGUAUUCCUGGGCCAUGUAUAAAAUUAAGAAUAAGAUGAAAGCACUUUAUUAUGCGGUGGGACUUUCGAGUCUGCGACCGCGGCGACGUACUGGCGAGUUAUCUAUGUAUAAUCCCACAUUGUGGGCGAUUUAUGUUUUUCUCACUUGCCGGUCAUGUGUAAUAGCACUUCAAUGUGCAUGUGAAUUAAAUAAAACUUCUUAGUGUAAAGCAUCUACAA